UGUUAUUUCAGUUUUUAUCUACGAGUGAAGCAGUGUGUGUACAUCUUGUGAUGCUGUGCUGUGUGAAACACUAUAGUAUUGGUUUAAAAUUAUUUACUGGGCACAUUUGGACGUGAUUUUGUUUUAUAUUUGUCUGUUAUUACAUCACAUUUCGCGCGUUUGGUUAUGAUUUGGGACGGCGUGUGAAUUUCAUAUGUGAUUUUUUCAUGUUACGUUUGUCAGAUCUAACCACUUGUGCUAAGUUUUCACAUUGCAGAUGGGAGCAAAUACUUUUUAAACAAGUAUUUAGUGUACUUACGUACCUCUCACUUAAGAACCUGUACUGCUCAGAAAUUGUGAAAAUGUUUCUCCUGUUGUAACGUCGUAAAACAAACGGCUGAGAUUGUGAUGUAGUGUGUGUAGUUAUUGGAGUUGUCUCUAUGUGCUUCGAACUCCAGGAAAAACGGAAGUCGAAAGUCAAUGUUAAGAGUUGUGAUUGACGGGUCAAGGCGCACACCGAAAUUGCCACAUUCAAUGUGAGAAGAUCAGCAAGCAUGGACCACAGGAAAACUGUCUGCAUUAAAAAAGAGGAAACAGACGAAUUACCUACUGAGUCAGUCUCCAUGGUUGAAGUUUACCUGUCCAGUGUGAGCGUAAAAGAAGAAUUGGAGGAGGUUGUAAACCAAAAGUUUCUUGAAGAUCCAUUAAAUACUGAAAAAUGUGGUCUUCCUGUAAAGCAAGAUCCAGAACUGAAACUACGUGUGGAUGCCUCUGAACAUAAUGAUCCGUUGCAAGAUGUUAUCAAGGAGGAUUCUGAACUACAUUUGGACAUGAAUGAAACUGAGAAUAUUGUAAGCAUUCACAUCUCUGAUUUACUGUGUGUAGACUGAGGAAAAACAUCUUUGGUAAAUUGUUUAAUUUAAAAGAUGCAUCACAGUGUAAUAGGCACAGAUUGAGUUUCCUGGAACUCUGCUCUACUAAUAAUUUUCCAAUUUAUUUGAGCUAUUCCACUUGCUUUAGAUUAUAAUCUUUCAUUUACUGAUUGUUCUGAAUAGAAUCUGAACUGGACUUGUAACAAUUGUAUAAUCCUAGUUUCAGUGACCUUGAUAUCAAACAUAUUGUAUAAUGCAUAUGUGUGUUUG